GUUCGAACUCGGCGCCUCCGAGGUUCGCUGGUUCUCUAGGUCGUGUGUCGGAGGCUUCCACGUCGCGGCCUGCGCUGUCCUAGGCUUCGAGCGCAGAGGAGCCGUGCUGCGCCUUGGCCUGGGUCGCAAAGUACAGCUGCGACCUGGUGCUCGAGAUGUUGUUGAACAGAUGUGAUUGAAGCAGAUUGGGGACCCGAGUCACUAUCUGACUGGGGAAGUCUUCGAACUUAAGCAGAAGCAGAUUUGUGAAAACAAUAUCGGAAAGACAGUAGAAACAUUUUAUUUUCUAAACAUCUUAUUUAAUUUCAAUGCUCAGCUUAUUUCAAUAAGGAAAUGGAAUCUAGUUCAUCCGACUACUACAAUAAAGACAAUGACAAUGAGGAAGAAGGUUUGCUUGCAAAUGUUGCUUCAUUGAGACAUGAACUGAAAAUAACAGAAUGGAGUUUGCAGAAUUUAGGAGAAGAGUUGUCCAGUGUUAGUCCGAGUGAAAAUUCUGAUUAUGUCUGCAAUCCUUCAAGAUCUGAAAGGCUUAUUUUGGAAGAGCUUACUCAACCUAGCCGCCUGGGACUUUUAAAGUAUCCACCUUAUAAGAAAGUUUGUAAAACGUCUGGUAGUACUGAUUAUCAAAAGAAGACAAGAGAUAAGGUUUCUUUUUCAUCUGCUUCUAUGGAUCAAGAGGUUAAAAGCCUUCGAGAGAAACUUAAUAAACUUAGGCAACAGAAUGCUUGUUUGGUCACUCAGAAUCAUUCCCUAAUGACGAGGAUGGAGUCUGUGCACUUUGAACUUACACAGUCAAAAGCAAAAAUGUCUUUGCUUGAGUCUGCGCAAGAGCAGGCAGCCAACAUCCCAAUCUUAGAAGAACAGAUUAUAAAUUUGGAAGCAGAAGUUUCAGCUCAAGAUAAAGUUUUAAGAGAAGCAGAAGAUAAAUUAGAGCAGAGUCAGAAAAUGGUGAUUGAAAAGGAACAGAGUUUACAAGAGGCCAAAGAGGAAUGUAUAAAAUUGAAGGUGGACUUACUUGAACAAAGUAAACAAGGAAAAAGAGCUGAACGACAAAGAAAUGAAGCGCUGUAUAAUGCGGAAGAGCUGAGCAAAGCUUUCCAGCAAUAUAAAGAAAAAGUGGCUGAAAAACUGGAAAAGGUUCAAGCUGAAGAAGAAAUAUUAGAGAAAAAUCUUAGUAACUGUGAAAAAGAAAACAAAAGGCUUCAAGAAAAGUGUAAUCUGUAUAAAAGUGAACUUGAAAUUUUGAAAGAGAAAUUCAGGCAGUUAAAAGAAGAGAAUAACAAUGGAAAAGAAAAAUUAAGAAUUAUGGCAAUGAAAAAUUCAGAAGUCAUGUCACAGUUAACUGAAUCUAGGCAAAGUAUCCUGAAACUAGAGAGUGAGUUAGAAGACAGAGAUGAAGUAUUGCGAGAAAAAUUUUCUUUAGUAAAUGAAAACCGAGAAUUGAAGGUUCGUGUUGCAGCACAGAAUGAACGACUGGAUUUGUGUCAGCAGGAAAUAGAUAGUUCAAGGUUGGAGCUGCGGAGCUUAGAAAAACUGAUGUCCCAGAUGCCGUUAAAAAGAGAAGUAGUUGGCUAUAAGUCAUCUCUUUCUAAGCACCAGACGAAUACUUUUUCUAACAAGGAGGACAAUUGCCUUGGCUGCUGUGAGGCAAAUAAAUUGAUGAUUUCAGAAUUGAGGAUUAAGCUUGCAAUAAAAGAGGCUGAAAUUCAGAAGCUUCAUGCAAACCUAACUGUGAAUCAGUUGUCUCAGAAGUGUGCUUCUUGUGAUGGUGUUCAAGAAGGCGGCAAAGUAAACACUUUAGAAACAGAGCCUGUUAAAUUAGGUGGUAGUCAAAUUGAAAAUGUGAAGGAGAGAAACAAACAUACUAUAAACAAGCAGUAUGAAAGAGAGAAAGAAAGACUUGCUACUGGAAUAGAAGAACUACGUGCUAAGCUAAUACAAGUAGAAGCUGAGAAUUCUGAUUUGAAGGUUAACAUGGCACACAGAACUAGGCAAUUUCAGCUGAUUCAAGAGGAACUGCUAGAGAAAGCUUCAAAUGCUAGCAAACUGGAAAGUGAAAUGACAAAGAAAUGUUCUCAACUUUUAACUCUAGAAAAACAGCUGGAAGAAAAAAUUAUUGCAUAUUCUUCUAUUGCUGCAAAAAAUGCAGAACUUGAACAGGAGCUCAUGGAGAAGAAUGAAAAAAUAAGAAACCUUGAAUCUAAUAUCAAUACAGAACAUGAGAAAAUUUGUUUUGCUUUUGAAAAAGCAAAGAAAAUUCACCUUGAACAGCAUAAAGAAAUGGAAAAACAGAUUGAACGACUUGAAAGUCAACUAGAGAAAAGAGACCAGCAAUUCAAAGAACAAGAAAAGACUAUGUCCAUUUUGCAGCAAGAUAUACUAUGUAAACAACAUCACCUUGAAUCACUAGACAGGCUCUUGACGGAAAGUAAAGUGGAAAUGGAAAAAGAAAAUACGAAGAAAGAUGAAGCUUUGAAAGCAUUGCAAAUUCAUGUAUCUGAAGAAACAAUCAAGGUCAGACAACUGGAUUCAGCUUUAGAAAUCUGUAAGGAAGAACUUGCUUUGCAUUUGAAUCAGUUGGAAGGAAAUAAGGAAAAAUUUGAAAAACAGCUGAAGAAGAAGUCUGAAGAGGUAUACUGUUUGCAGAAAGAGCUAAAGGUGAAGAGUCAUAGUCUUCAGGAGACGAGCGAGCAGAAUGCAGUUCUGCAGCACACUCUCCAGCAGCAGCAGCAGAUGCUACAGCAGGAGACACUCAGAAACGGAGAGCUCGAAGACAUUCAGGCCAAACUUGAAAAGCAGGUAUCAAAGCAGGAACAAGAGCUUCAGAGACUAAAGGAAAGCUCAGCAGAAAAGUUGAGAAAAAUGGAAGAGAAACAUGAAACAGCCAUACACGAUGCUGAUGUGAAAAGGCAAAAAAUUAUCGAGCUUACUGGUACUGUCAGACAAGCUAAACUUGAGAUGGAUCAGUGCAAAGAAGAGCUGUCUAAAAUGGAAAAAGAAAUAAUACAUCUGAAACGAGAUGGGGAAAAUAAAUCCAUACAUCUUUCUCAGUUAGAUAUGAUUUUAGAUCAGACAAAGACAGAACUCGAAAAGAGAACAAAUGCAGUGAAGGAGUUAGAAAGGUUGCAGCACCACACCGAAGCUGAACUAACAGAUACCGUGCAGAAACGGGAAGCCCUCGAAACUGAACUGCAGAAUGCUCACGGAGAACUGAAAAGUACCUUAAGACAGCUACAGGAACUGAGAGACGUACUACAAAAGGCUCAGUUAUCAUUAGAGGAAAAGUACAGUACAAUCAAGGACCUCACUGCUGAACUUAGAGAAUGUAAGAUGGAAAUUGAAGACAAAAAACAAGAACUCGUUGAAAUGGAUCAGGCGCUUAAGGAGAGAAACUGGGAGCUAAAGCAGAGAGCAGCUCAGGUUACACAUUUGGAUAUGACCAUUCGUGAGCACAGAGGAGAAAUGGAACAAAAAAUAAUCAAGUUAGAGGGUACUCUGGAGAAAUCAGAAUUAGAACUUAAGGAAUGCAACAAACAGGUAGAAAGUUUAAAUGAAAAGUUGCAUAAUGCCAAAGAACAGCUUCGGGAGAAGGAGUUUAUAAUGCUCCAGAAUGAACAGGAGAUAAGUCAGCUGAAAAAGGAAACGGAAAGAACACAACAAAGGAUGAAAGAAAUGGAAAAUGUUAUAAAAGAACAAGAAGAGUACAUUGCUACCCAGUACAAGGAGGUCACUGAUUUGGGGCAGGAACUGAGGCUGACCCAGGAGCAAAUGCAGAACUUCCGUUCAGAACUGGUGGAGGCUCGUCGCCAAGAAGUCCAAGCACAGAGAGAAAUAGAAAGACUCUCUGGCGAAUUGGAGGAUAUAAAGCAACUCUCUAAAGAAAAGGAAGCUCAUGGAAAUCGUUUGGCUGAAGAAUUAGGGGCCUCUCAAGUACGUGAAGCUCAUUUAGAAGCAAGAAUGCAAACAGAAAUAAAGAAAUUAUCCUUAGAAGUAGACUCUCUCAAAGAAGCUUAUCAUAUGGAGAUGAUUUCACAUCAAGAGAAUCAUGCAAAGUGGAAGGUUUCUGCUGAUUCUCAGAAGACGUCUGUUCAACAGCUAAAUGAACAACUAGAGAAAGCAAAACUAGAAUUAGAAGAAGCUCAGGAUACAGUAAGCAAUUUGCAUCAACAAGUUCAAGACAGGAAUGAAGUCAUCGAAGCUGCAAAUGAAGCAUUGCUUAUUAAAGAAUCGGAAUUAACCAGAUUGCAAGCCAAAAUUUCGGGACAUGAAAAGACAGAAGACCCCAAGUUUCUCCCAGCUUCAUUUACAGCUCUAACAGAAAUUAUGCCUGAUAGUCAAGAUCCUAAGUUUGCCAAACAUUCUCAGAUAUCAUUCUUCAAAUGCAGAAAACUGCGUCGCUCUAUUAGUGCCAGUGACCUUAGUUUUAAAAGUCAUGGCAACGAAGAUCUCUCUGAAGAAUUGCUACAGGACUUAAAUAAAAUGCAAUUAGAACAGCCCUCAGCAUCAGGAGGUGGUCGUAAAGCCCUAGCUUUCAACCGUUCAGAUUCCUCUAAACCUCUCCCAUAUAACCUGGAAGAUGAUAGUUCUGAAAGUAAUGACUUUAGUACUCUUAGUGGAAUGCUAAGAUAUAUAAACAAAGAAGUGAGAUUGUUAAAAAAGUCUUCUCCGCAGACAGCUGCUGGUUUAACUCAGGUAUGUAUUUCACACAUUACCAGAUAAGUUAUUUGUACCAGGCAUAUUGUUGCAUACCUGUGAUCCCAGCACUUAGGAGAGAGAAGAAGGAGAAUUGUUGGGUUCAAGAUCUUCAUGGGGCGGUGGAGGGGAGAAAAGGUAAUAUUUUUUCUUCAAUGGAUAUUAUUUUAUUACUUGAGGGAAAAAAAUCCCAUAUAGGGUUUGGAGAGAUGGCUCAGGGUUAAGAGCACUGACUGUUCUUCCAGAGGUCCUGAGGUCAGUUCCCAGCAACCACAUGGUAGCUCACAACCAUCAGAUGCGCUCCUCUGGCCUGCAAGCAUACAUGCAGAAAACACUAUAUACAUAAUAAAAAUUUUUUUUUUAAAAAAAUCCAUAUAGAUUGAUCCUCUCUCAUCCAAAGUGUUUGAGACCAGAAGUUUCAGGCUUCCUCAGAUUGGAGAUAUUUGCAUAGUAUCUGGGAGAUAUUAAUGAGCAAGUGAGUUUCUGAAGAUGAAGUUUAGAAUUUAUUUAUCAUUAACAGAUAGAUGAUAUUUAAAGCCAUAAUGCUGGGUUAAACCAGUGGGAUAAAUUGAGACAGAAACAGUCAUUUCCUAAGUAUUUUGCUCUAAGGAAGUGUUCAAGAAUUGAAGAUUCUAGGAUGGAAAUGUAAUUCGGUUGAUAGGGUAUCUGCCUAGUAUGACCGAAGUCCUAGGUUCACUCUCCGGCUCUGUGUACACUGGGCAUUCAUUCACCUUUAUAGGAUUAUUAGAUGGUAGUACAUAAUAAUAUUAUAUAUUAUUGUUAUAGGAUUAUUCCUGGCACCUGGGAGCUGCUAGGGCCAGAGUUUAUGGUUGUCCUAGGUUACUGAGUAAGUUCCAGGCCAUCCUUAGCUACAGGAGAUAUUGUUCAAAAACAAAACAAAAUAAAAUAAACAACAAACCAUCCAACCAAACAAAAACAACUUGGGAGGCAGAAGCAAGGUGUAUCUCUGAGUUCCAGGACAACCAGGACUAGAUAGUAAAACCCCCACCCCCAACCAUCUGAAGGAGGGAGGGAGAGAAAAUUCAAGAUUCAAUAUGGUUAACUGGAAAACAAUUCUUUUAUGAAAUAGAAGAAAAAAAUAAAAGUACAAAAUUGUUCACAAGCCUUACUGGAAACAAAACAUGUUAAGGAGAUCAGGAGGCCAGGCUGUGUGAGUAUGAAAACAGUGGCGGGAGAGAAAUUUCUUUAUUGAUUGUCUCUGUGAAAACAACUUUUUCUAUCUAAAUCAGGGUAAGGUAAUGGAAGUUUGAGGGUUUUGUUUUGUUUUUUGCUUUGUUUUGAUUUGUUUUUGACUAUCUGUCUAGGCAGCCUGGCUGGGCUCCAACCCCCAGAGAUCCCAAAUGAUAAUUAGUGCUACAGAUACACAAGACUGGUUUUGGUAAAAAUAAUGAUAUUUUAUACAGGAUAAAUCUGACCCCAAAAUGAUAAAUUUGUAAUUAUAACAUAUAGUAUUGACUAUAUACAAGGUACUAUUCUAAAUUCUUAAUAUAAACUCAAUCCUUCAAACAACCCUGUGAUAUAUACUAUUAUAUCAGUAAUAGUAACUAAUACUGCUUAGUAUUUCUUCUAUUGUAGUGAUAUUAUUAUCUCCAUCGUAUCAAUGAAAGUCUGAGUCCCUGCUCUUACCCACUGUGCUCUAUUGAGAAUAUUAGUGAAUAGUGAUCCUACAUGUUCUGGCCUUGACACUGCUUUCUCAGAUGGGGUUCAGAGAGAACUUCAGCUGGGUUUGGUGAUCCAUAACUUUAAUUCCAGCACUGGGAAGACAGAGGCAGGUGGAUUUCUCUGAAUUAAAGGCAGCCUGAGCUACAUAGUAAGACAGUGUAGAAAGAGACAGGGGAGAGGCAGACACUUGAAAAUACUGUACAACUAAUAAAAUUAUUUCUUAUUCUGUACACCAUUAAACUGUACACAUGUACUUUUAUGUCAUCUUACCUAUUCAAUUGUCAUGAAAGUUUGGUGCCAAAUUAAAAUAUUCAAAAUACUAUAGCUGUUUUUUUAAAUUAGUUUUUUCAAGAUAGGAUUUCUUUGUGUAGCCCUGGCUGGCCUGGAACUCACAGAGAUCUGUCUGCCUUUGCCUCCCAAGUGCUGGGAUUAAAGCUGUGCGCCCCACCACCCAAGUGCCAGUUCUUAAAUUUAGAAUUGGAUUCAUAAACCCUAAUGUUGAGUUCUGUACUCAGAUGUUUUGUUUGUUGUAAAUGAUGUUCUACUGAGUUUUAAUGCAUUAACCACGUACUUAGAACUUUAUACUCAUGUAGUUCAGGAGGCUUGAUUGCUUUGACUGUGUUGUUUUAAUGGAUUUUCUCUAAUUCACCAUACAUAUAUUGUGCCUUAAUCUUAAGAGUAACUGAAGACAUCUUCUCAAUACUUUUUCUUAAGGGCCUGUGUCUUUUCUUACCUAAUUUACUGUUACCUUUCUUUUAAAAAGAAAGUAAGAAGAUUCAUAGCUAAGAUUGUUAAUUGUUGAAUGAAAUUUUGAAAUCAUUGUUUAUUAUUUAGUCAUUUACAUAUGUUGAAUUAAUAAAUGCUUACUGGUUUAUAAAAUGUUACAUAAGAAAUUUUUCAAUUAGGAUACAGAGCCUUGAUCUACAGGCUAGUUCUGAUUCUCAGUUUAUUUUGCGUACUGUUAAGUAUGCAUUACACUAAUUUCCAGUUUAAAAGCAGGAUUUUAAAAUUCUCUUAUCCUAGGGAAACUUAAAGUAUAGUUAUAACAAAACCUGGUAUGCCAGACUGAUAGAAAAAUAAUUUAUUCGAUUAGAGAUGGGUUGCUUUCAGUUUUGUUUUUCUGUUUCAUGGAUGGUUACCCACACAGUCUAGGGCAGCACUGGGUUCAUGACUGAAGACAUUGCGUAGACGUUUAUGGCACCACAGUAAAGAGAACCCACAGAACGUUUUGUCCUGACUGCCAUUCUUUACUCUUUAUUGCUACACUUAAUUCCCUUUAUCUUUCAUGUUCAGAUUUAAUACGCACUGCUUGAUACAUCAGUUUCGUUUUGUUAUGUAUAGCGAAUGCCUUACUGUCAAAUGUUUAGUUUGAAGAGGGCACGAGACACUAGAUUUGUUUUCUAGCUAUGGUGAGAGAAUAUCAUCUUAAAGCACAGUUAGCACAACUGAGCAAACCUUAAAUGUGCACACAAAAAAGUAUUUAAUAAAUAUUAACUUUCUUUCUUGUGUUACAGCCUAAAUACUGAUUUUUCCUGUGGUUAGCAGUCUGUUUCCUAGGUUGGAAAUCCAGUUCAUAGGAAAGCCUCCACAUAGGAAUGUUAAAUCAGGCUCCUGUCUCUGACAAAAACUCAACUAAAAAAAAAUAACCCCAAAACAAGCAAACAAACAAAAGAAGUUUUACAUAUGGAAAACUCUGAACACAUUCAGGUUGUUCAGAGACCUCAUGAUAAGAGCUCCUGUUCUGGGCCUGGAGAGAGGGCUCAGAGUACCCGCGGUUCAGAGCUGACAGUUUGAGGGACUCUGAUGGCCGUCUGCCUCUGUAGACCUGCUCUCACAUGUAGCACACACUUACACAGGUAAUUAUAACUGACGCCCUCCUGUUUUGACUAGUCAUGGUUACACAAUUUCAUGAUCCCACUAAGGCAAGAAGAGCACAAAUUGAAAGCUAACCUGAGCACAGUACUCUCUCUGCCGGAAAAAAAAAAAAAAAAAAAACAAGCUUCCCAUUCUAAUUUUGUUUUGGACUACAGCAAAGGAAAUUUAUUAAGAGCUCUAUUAGGAACUUAUAAAAUAUUACUCAUGUCCAUCCUAUUUCCAAAAAGGGCAGUAAAGAGCUCACAAAAAGUGAUUGUGAGAAAUGACAAAAUGAGCUAAAAGGGAAACAAAGAUAGGAAACAUAUGAGACCAUGACAAUAUUUUCCAAUUCAAGGUAUGAUAAGAUUUGACCCAUUUUUUAAACUCUCUUUUGUCGACUGAGAUUUCUGUUCUGCCCAGUUCCCACAGUUGUUAAGUCCCAAAGGAAUCACACAGAGGUCUACAUUAGUUAUAAACUGAUUGGCCCAUUAGCUCAGGCUCUUUAUUAACUCUUAUAACUUAUAUUAGCCCAUUAUUCUUGUCUAUGCUAGCCAUGUGGCUCAGUAUCUUAUUCAGCAAGGCAGUCACAUCUUGCUUCUUCUGUGGCUGGGCCAGGACUGCAGAGGAAUGGGCUUCCUUCUUCCCAGAAUUCUCCUGUUCUCAUUGCCUUGCCUCUACUUCCUGCCUGGCUACUGACCAAUCAGCAUUUUAUUUAAAAAUAUAAUUGACAGAAUACAGACAGUUGUCCCACACUACUCCUCAGUCUUCAUCUGUCUUUCUUCUUUCCUGUGCUGUGUUGCUUUACCUGCAGGUAUCUCUCUGUCGGCUUCAUUUCUCCUGUGUUCAUAUCACUGGUUGCCUUCCUUUACUGUGUGCGUUAAUCUAGACCAUAAUGAGAUGUUAUCUCUAAUUGUGUGUGUGUGUGUCUUGGUAUGGCUUUAUGCACAGGUGAGUACAGGUGUCUUCAGAGUCUAGAAGAAAGCAUGGGAUCCCCUGGAUGUGGGGUUACAGGCACUUGUGACCUGGGUGUCCUGAAAUGGAAAGGACUACUCACCUGCUGAGCCUCUCUCCAGCCCUGCAUCUAAUUUUCAUGCCUCCCAGCUGGAGUUUAAAACGUGGUUUAACCGUAUGCUCCUAUAUUAGCAUUACCAGAAUUACUUGCUUUUUAAUAACCAUGUGAUAUAUUACUGACAUUUUCUGAUUUUUUUAAUUGGUUAAUAUUUCCAGCUUUAUCUUUAAAUUAUGUGCUUGAAUGUUAUGGUAGAUUUUAAUGCUAAGUAAUUAUAAUUUUAAUAUUCAUAAUAUUAAUCUAUUUUGCG